GUCGGCGAUUUGUAAACAAAUCUAUAACAUGAAAGUGAUUAAUGCCUAGAACUCGCAACUAAUAAAUAUGUCUCCAAGGCGUCAUGCUAUGAAAGCCAAACCACUGUUGAAUCGUGAUGAACUUCUGCAGAGCAUUGUCCGAGAUCGUGCGUUGUUGAACGCCUAUUUUCUUGAUAUUGCAAAAAAAGAGUCCCAGUCGACAGUGCCAAAAGGAUCUGCCAGCAUCCUCACACCAAAAUCUGCAUCAGCCGUGCAACAGCGUGACAGCUAUGAUUUGUUCUUCGAAAGUGCUUGCAUCAGUAUUAAGAGCUUGCCACCAAAACUGGCGGCUGAAGCCAAAAAUCGAAUCUCACAUGUCAUUACCGAGUUUGAGUUGCGAGCCAUUUCGGAACACGAAGCCCAGCAGGCAAUGGGAAAGCAGGAACUCGUUAAAGCCAUCAGAGUAUCUAACGAACCGGUUAUGGAUCCCUCAACUGGGAUUGUUUAUGAAUUUCAGGCGUGCUCUUAACGAC